AUGCACACAAUCCAGUUUCGUUAUGUGAUAUGGGAGAACAUGUUGCAGUUCCGAGCAAAGACUCCGUUCAACAACAGUGCUCGAGAUUCUCUCUUCCUACUAUUCACCAAACGAUUUGGAUUGGGUUACAGGUUUUUGUCCUCGUUAUGCCAGCCAAAGAACACGGCUUUAGACUCCGAAGCUUACACGAAGCUUGUCCAGAAAGCCGCGAAAUCAGGCUCCGUGGUUCUGGGAAAGCUCGUCCAUGGCCACAUGAUCAAGUCAUCCAUCAACCCCUGCCUGCAUUUGCUCAACAAUCUUCUGAAUAUGUAUUGCAAGUGCCGAGAGUUGGGUUUUGCACGUCAACUGUUCGACCAAAUGCCUGAACAGAACAUCAUCUCUUUUAAUUCUUUGAUUUCUGGGUACAGCCAGAUGGGAGAUCAUGAAAAGGCCAUGGAUUUGUUUCUUGAAGCUAGGGAUUAUAAUUUAAAGCUUGAUAAGUUCACCUAUGCUGGUGCAUUGGGCUUUUGUGGAGAAAGGUGUGAUCUUGGAUUAGGCAAAUUGUUGCACGGGUUGGUUAUGGUAAACGGUCUGGCUGAGAAUGUUUUUGUCGUCAAUGUGUUGAUCAACAUGUAUUGCAAGUGUGGAAAGGUUGACCAAGCAAUGUCCUUAUUCGAUCGGUCCGAUGAAAAGGACCAGGCUUCGUGGAAUUCUUUGAUUUCCGGUUAUGUUCGGGUUGGUGCAGCGGAAGAAACGCUUAAUAUGCUGGUUAAAAUGCAUAGAGGCGGCAUAAAGUUGACCACUUAUGCUCUUGGAAGUGUGCUAAAGGCUUGUUGCAUAAACCUGAACGAAGGGUUGAUGGAAAAUGGUAUGGCAAUUCACUGUUACGCUGCAAAAUUAGGAAUGGAGUUUGAUAUAGUUGUCGGUACUGCGUUGCUUGACAUGUAUGCAAAAAAUGGAAGUUUGAAAGAAUCGAUAAAGCUUUUUAGUUUGAUGCCUGGAAAGAAUGUGGUUACGUAUAACGCUAUGAUCUCUGGGUUUCUCCAAAUGGAUGACAUAACCGAUGAAGCUUCUAGUGAAGCCUUUAAGCUCUUCAUGGAUAUGCAAAGACAUGGAUUGAAACUCUCGCCAUCGACAUUUUCAGCUGUGCUCAAAGCUUGUUGUGCCGCUAAAACCUUAGAAUGUGGAAAGCAGAUCCACGCCCUCAUAUGUAAGAACAAUUUUCAGUCUGAUGAGUUCAUUGGAAGCGGUUUAAUUGAGCUGUACGCGAUAAUGGGUUCAUCUGAAGACGGGAUGCGAUGCUUUGAUUCAACAUCAAAGCAAGAUAUCGCUUCAUGGACAUCGAUGAUUGAUUGCCAUGUCCAAAACGAGCAGCUUGAAAGCGCGUUUGAUCUAUUCCGACAACUUUUCUCAUCCCGUAUAAGACCGGAAGAGUAUACAGUUUCACUUAUGAUGAGUGCUUGUGCUGAUUUUGCUGCAUCAAGCUCAGGAGAGCAGAUUCAAGGCUAUGCCAUAAAGAGUGGAAUCGAUGCAUUCACCAGCGUUAAGACCUCAAGCAUCUCUAUGUACGCAAAAUCAGGUAACAUGGCGCUUGCGAGUAAAAUAUUUACCGAGGUCGAAAAUCCAGACAUUGCAACAUACUCAGCUAUGAUCUCAAGUCUUGCGCAACACGGAUUUGCUAGCGAUGCCUUAAACAUCUUUGAGUCGAUGAAAACGCACGGGUUUAAACCGAACCAGCAGACGUUUCUCAGCAUCCUAAUAGCUUGUUGCCACGGAGGAUUAGUCACACAAGGACUCACCUAUUUCCAAAGCAUGAAGAACGAUUACGGGAUUCACCCUAACGAGAAACAUAUCACUUGCCUCGUCGAUCUCUUAGGUCGCACAGGGAGAUUAUCAGAUGCUGAGGAACUGAUCUUGAGCUCUGGGUUUCAAGACCAUCCAGUGAUGUGGAGAGCAUUGCUGAGCUCUUGCAGGGUUUACAAGGACGGUGUAAUUGGCAGACGCGUUGCAGAGAGAUUGAUGGAUAUCGACCCCGAGGCCUCUGGCUCGUACGUAUUGUUACACAACAUUUACAACGAAUCUGGAGUCAAUUCUUUUGCUGAGGAGGUUAGAGAGCUGAUGAGAGACCGUGGGAUUAAGAAAGAACCGGCCUUUAGCUGGAUUGUGAUCGGUAAACAAACUCAUUCUUUCACGGUCGCUGAUUCGUCUCAUUCGUCGACCCAGAUGAUCUACGCGAUGCUGCAGCAGCAGUUAGAUACCAUGAACACUGUAGAUUUUGAAGACGAGACUCUUGUUUAUGCUUGUUCUGUUACAUGAAAAUUUAUGCCAA